AACAGCCACUUACCUGUCCCUCGGUCCCACGGUGUCCUCCCUGCAGCCCAUUUCACCAGCCAUCUGGUGUUCCUGGAGCCGGCAUCUUCAGUGUGGGCACCCGGCUGUGACAGCUUGCAGCUUCACAGCCAGUUGCCGAGUUGUGAGAAGCUCUGCCUGAAUGGUCCUCUAGUCUUCUGGGACCUGUCACGUGUCCCAGAAGACUACGGGGAGGGGAGUACAACUUCCGCUUCCGAUCGCCUAGGUGAUCGCAGUGGAAGUGGGAGCGGGUACCUGUCAAAUUCGGGUACCCGCUCCCCAAAGGUGCCAAUCCUUAUUGGGGGGAGCGGGGGACCAGUCUUUAAAGUGGAACUUCCCCUUUUGGGUGGAGCUCCACUUUAGGAUAUAAUGAGUGACUUUAG